UAUCUGUGCUGUUUUUUAGGAAUCGGACAUGGCUGCGGCGUACCUAUGUUAUCCUUCAAAUGGUCAAUAGAUUGUUGUGAAUAAUAAAUCAUAUAGCCCAUCUUCUAAAAUGGGUACAUCAACAAAAUUUAUAUCUGAUUAUUGUAAGACUUGGGAAAAGUCUGGACGAGAACAAUUUGUUAAAUCAGUGACACAAUACAUCAAAGAUGAAGGAAAAACUCCCUUGUUUUCUAAAUCUGGAAAGCUAUCUGGAUUAUCUCAAAACAUUUAUGAUUUAUUUUCUUGUGGUCUCCGUGGCUUUUUGAAAAAGGACUCAGUUAUUUCUGUAUUAAAAGAUAUAUCGCUGUUACAUCCAGAUAUACCAUCCAUAUUAUUAGAUGUAGUAUGUAUACUUGAUUCAGAAACAUCUUUGGAUAUUCACUGUGAAGAGCGAAAUAAUUUUUGUUACUUGGUAAGAGAAUUAGAAGCAUUUUUAUCUGACAAAUUACUAAAGGAACGACUAGAAAUUGACACCUUACAAGAUGUUGGCACCUUGAAAAAUAAAAACUUUUAUACAAAAUUUAUUAAAAUAAAAACAAAGUUGUAUUAUAAACAACGUAAGUUUAAUUUAUUCCGUGAAGAAAGUGAGGGAUAUUCAAAAUUAAUUGUGGAAUUAAAUCAAGAAAUUGCUGAAGAUACAGAUUGGAAAAGUAUACUUGAAAUUAUUCAGUCUCUUAUAGGUUGUUUUAACUUGGAUCCAAAUAGAGUCCUUGAUAUUAUCUUAGAAUCUUUUGAGGCAAGACCAAAUUUAGAUAAAUUAUUCAUUUCUCUCAUUAAGAAUUACAUGGGGGAUCCGCAAGUGAUUUCUGAAGUUUUAGGUUUUAAGCUAGGUAACAUGGAAGUCUUAGAGAAUUAUAAAGAACCACCUGCAUUGAUGACUGUGAUAGCUUUACUUUUACAACAUCAUGUUAUAUCAUUAGAUGACAUUUACCCUUGGUUACGUCCAGAUGACUCUAUUAUGGCCAAAGAAGCUGAAAAAGAAUUAAAAGCCAUUCAAGAUUAUAUUAGAAAACUCAGUAUUGUUUCUACUAAAGGACCUCAAAGUAAUGCUCCAGCCGAAUUUAUUGAAGAAAAAACUGACCCACAGGAAUACUGGAAUAAUCAAAAACUAGUGCUUUGUGAGGCACUUUUAAAUGUAACAGCCUGGAAAGAAUUUGCUGCUCUAUCAGCUCGACUGCCAACUACAAGCGUUGCUCAACGCCCAGCUGUUGCAUUGUGUAAUAUGUUACAUGCUUUAGUGGAACCACUUUACAGAAAGCAUUGUCGCAUUGCACCAAAGAUAAUAGGCAAACCGAUUCCACCUCUAAAAUCAAAUUUGGCUCCAGCAGCUUGCAAAACUUUUGAAGAUAUGAAAGAAACAGUUAUACCAGCACUUGUAUUACUGGGCCCUUCCCUUCAUUAUGAUCCUAUAUUAAUGUACAAAAUAAUUCGUAUUCUAAGGACUGCAAAAUCAUUAGAAGAUGAUCCACUACAUCAUGAGGCAUUAACUGUGCUGGACACAGCCAUACUGCCGGCACUAACCUUAAUGGAAGGUAAUUGUUGUAUGGCUGAGGAGGUCUACACAUUGCUCAAGUUAUAUCCAUACCAAUGCAGAUAUUGUUUAUAUGCUCGCUGGAAGAAUGAAUCUGGUGACAAGAUACCAUCUUUGAUGCGUGUACGUGGAAACUCAUUGCAACGCAUCAAACACAUUAUGAAACGAGUGUCUAAGGAAAAUAUUAAGCCUCAGGGUCGGCUCAUUGGGAAACUUUCUCAUGCAGCCUCUACAUUUUUGUUCGAUUACAUGCUACUGCAGAUCCAGACGUACGACAACCUGAUCGGUCCAGUAGUUGAGUCUCUGAAGUACCUAACAUCACUAUCGCUGGACGUGCUUGGCUAUUGCCUAGUAGAGGCGUUAGCGUCUCGUCGCGGCUCGCCCGGCGCCGCCCACCCGCCAGCGCUUCAAGCGCUUGCAGCCUUCGCCGCCGCCGCCUUUAAGAAGCACAACAUCGAGCUUACAGCGCUGCUGCAGUUCGUAGCGAAUAGGCUGAAAGCGCAGCAGAGUCAUGAUUUGCUGAUCCUUAAAGAAAUAGUGCAGAAGAUGGCUGGUAUAGAAGCUGCUGAAGAAAUGACACCAGAGCAGUUAGACGCUAUGGCUGGGGGAGAACUGUUAAAGGGAGAGGCAGGCUACUUUUCUCAAGUUCGUAACACCAGGCGAUCAUCCGCUAGGUUGAAGGAAGCAGUUGUGGGCAAUAAUCUCGAUAUUUCUCUCUGCAUAUUAUCCGCUCAGCAAAGGCAUUGUUGUGUUUGGAAAGAAUAUGCAGAAGAUAGUCCUAAUACAGGCGAGCCUCCAGGUUCACAGCUCAAAGUAGUUGGCCGCCUUGCAGAUCAAUGUCAAGAUGCAUUAGUUCAAUUGGGGACUUUUUUAGCUUCCUCACAUGCACCUGAUGAGUAUGCGGCCAGGUUGCCUCCUCUACAAGAACUGUUACGGGAUUAUCAUGUCGAUGCAGAUGUGGCAUUCUUUCUCCAUCGUCCAGUAUUGGCUCAGAAAAUUGCAGCGAAAGCGGAAGCACUGAGAAAAAGUUCUGAUAGUAAAAGUGACUCACUAGAAAAGAGUAUCGAGAGAUACAAUGUUGCAUCGAAAGAAGCUUUGGAACCUGUCGUAGUUUCAAUAACUCCACUUUUACCAUCUAAAGUAUGGGAGGACAUAUCACCAGAAUUUUAUGUUACAUUUUGGUCCUUAUCGAUGUAUGAUCUUCGAGUACCGGUAGAGAGUUACGAGAGAGAAAUUGAUCGGCUAAAAACUGCCGCAUCGAAUGCCGUAAAGGAUACCUCGCAAGGAACGAAAGGAAAGAAGGAGCAGGAACGCUUCAAUACUCUAAUCGAAAAAUUGCAGGAAGAGAAACGUCGUCAAGCGGAGCACGUGUCUCGCGUGCGGGCGCGUUUACAACGCGAGUGCGUCGGAUGGUUUCCCGCGCGCGCCGCCAAGUCCGCCAAGAACGAGACCGUGACCCGCCUCAUGCAGCUCUGCUUGUUCCCACGCUGCGUCUUCACUCAGCCCGACGCGCUCUAUUGCGCCGAGUUUGUUCACACCGUACACGCGCUUAAGACUCCCAACUUCUCAACGCUGCUGUGCUACGACCGCCUGUUCUGCGACAUCACGUACUCGGUGAUGUCGUGCACGGAGGGCGAGGCGGCGCGCUACGGGCAGUUCCUGUGCCGCGUGCUGCGCACCGCCAUGCGCUGGCACGCCGACCGCGCCGCCUUCCACGCCGAGUGCGCGCACUACCCCGGCUUCGUCACCAAGUACCGCGUCUCCAAUCAGUUCACCGAGGCCAACGACCACGUCGGCUACGAGAACUACAGGCACGUGUGCCACAAGUGGCACUACAAGAUCACGAAGGCGAUGGUGGUGUGCCUGGAUUCGGGUGACUACGUGCAGAUCCGGAAUGCGCUCAUCGUGCUCAUCCGCAUCCUGCCGCACUUCCCAGUUCUGGCAAAGCUGGCGCAGAUCAUCGAAAGGAAAGUCGAGAAGGUCAAAGAAGAAGAGAAAUUACAAAGACAAGAUCUUUACGUUCUCGCGACGGGUUACAGCGGCCAGUUGCGAAACAAAGUGCCACAUAUGAUGAAAGAGAGUGAUUUUCACCAGGUACGUACUUACAGACAUAAAGACGUUUAUUUGCAGUGUGUAAAGACAACGUUAAACAAAUUAAGUACACAGGUUCACAACAAAGUGCUCUGUACCUUUGACCUUAUUUUAAUCGAAAAGAAAACUACAUCAUUUUCUGAAAAUGUCAUUCUUGCGUAUCUCAAAGACCUCUCCGACAAAUUCAUGCCAUCUUCUAUGUGGGCUAAAUAUUCUAUGCUCAAGUCCACACUAAGUAUCUACAACAAUAUUGAUAUCACGAAGUAUUCAAAAGUCAUAGCGUUCCUGAAACGCAGUUCAGAAGGACACAAGGAACAAAAGUCCUUGACAUUUACAUCAGGUCAAAUAAAGAUGUUCCUGGAAGAUUCACCAGAUAUUUUGUAUCUUUUUGAAAAGGUUGCACUAAUUUUCGGCAUAAUGGGGGCAUGCCGAAGGCAAGAGCUAUACAACAUCCAGUUCGAUGAAGUCUCUAACAUAGAUGACAGUACAAUCAUGGUGAAAGUUUCGAAAACAAAAACGAAAAUAGAUCGUUCUUUUGUUGUGACGGGCAACUGCUAUGCCAUGGUGCCGGUGCCGGCGAGCGGCGCCAGCGGCGCGCGGGAGGAGCCGCGGCGCGAGCGCGACGACGAGCCGCCGCCCGCCGAAACGGAAAAAAGAGAAACAAGGACCAGUGAUAGACGUCGCGAUGAUUCAGACCGUGAGAAGGAAACUAAACGUGAAUCGAGAUCGUCUUUGAAGGAAAGAAACAAGGAAGAGAUAAGAAGUAAAGAUAGAUCACCUAGAGAAAGGUCACACAGAGAGGAACGUUAUUUGGAAUCAGUAUCACCACCUCACGACCACCGUCACCCAUCUGAUGACUUAGACCGUGAUGUGAAACGUCGUAAAAUAGAGAGCAGCGGAAAUGGCAAGGGUAGCAAAGAAAUAGAGGAGCGGUCACCGGAGAAGGAAAAGAGAAAGGCUAAACUGAGAAGCGAUGACAGGAAAGAACGUAAGAUGAGUCGCAAGCGGGAUCGAGCCGAAGAUUCCGCUGUUUUAGAACAAAAAAGACGUCGUGACGAACAAAAAGCUGUAGCCAAGAUGAGCAGUCAUCAAAACGGUUCCCAGGAAGAUCAUCACUAUGAGAAAUACCAUAAAAGGGAGAAAUCACCCUUCAGAGAUCGUUCACAUGAAGAACCAAGAGACAAACAUAGACGGUCAAACGAGUCGAAAAUUAGAAGAUAAGAAGGUUUUUAAGAAGACUAAUAAAGCGAAGAAAAUAAAUUUUGUCUAAUGAUAACAUUAUAAAUCUCAACCGAGAUUGACAAACAGUAUGUGUUUAUAGUACUGUAAUAAAGUCGUACUUGGA